AAGGGCCGGGGAAAGGCUUCAUCCCUGUGUGGCAGGACGUGCUCUGGUUCAUUUAGUUUCAUCUGGCCCCAUGGAGGGACUCAAAGAGCCGAAAUUUGCCCUGAGGGGCCUGAAUGAAAGGCUGAAGGGGUUCCUGGAGCACGUGAAUCAGUUGGAAUGGACCAAUCGUGAACUGGAGGAGCAGAUUGCAGAGUGGAGAUUGAGGAACGUUGUUCCAUGUUGGGACUGGAGCAACAAGGAGGCGCUGACACAGGAACUGCGAGCUCAGGUUAGGAUAAUCAUAAUGGAAAAUGCAGAAGUUUUGUUACAAUCCGAUGCAGUGAAACUCAGGGCAGCACAUUUAAAGACCAGGUGUGAAACCGAGAAGAAACUCCGUCUCCUAAAGGAGCAGGAGGUGUCACAGAUGAAGAUAAAGAAAAUAGACGUGGAAACAUCCAACACUCUCCUGGAAAAACAGCUUUAUGAAUACCAAAAUGAGUUACAGCUAAUCGUGGAGGAACAUGAGAGAGAGCUGGAUCAGCACCAGCGGCGAGCAGUAGAGGAGUGUGAUAGAGUACUAGUGCAGGUUGCUGCAGGAGAGGAUGGCAGAGGAAUGGAUCUCUCCCGGACCAGCACCCAGUGCGACCACUCCAGCCCAGCCCAGAGCAGCCCUGACUCAGCCACACCACCAAAUCCAGCCCCAGGCUCUGGUCCCGUUUCACAGAGAAGGCCCCAAAAGGAUGCAACCAGCCCCACAGCUGCAUUUCUGUCACAGGUGAGAGCAGGUGACGAGGCCCUGAAAGAGGCACGAGCCGAGCUCACAGAGGCCCGAAAGAGAUGGCACCGUCUACAGGUGGAAAUUGAAUCUCUACACGCCUUGGAGAGGAGUUUCCAUAGCUCUCUACACCACACUCAGCUCCAGUACUCUGUGCAGCUCAAGGAUCUGUCCCAGUCUGUCAGGAGUCUGGAGUCUGAGCUAGAAACUGUGCGGGACGGUCUGGAAGUGCAGAAACAGAACCAUACCCAGCUCCUCAACACCAAGAUGAGGCUGGAGAGAGAGAUCACAACCUAUAGGAAACUCCUGGAACAUGAGGAGGGCAGGUUUCUGAACUCAGAUGGUCGGCCUCUAAAGCUGAAGCCAUGGAAGGGCUCAGUUCCUGCUCCAGAGCAGAACGGCCUGCCCAACGGAUGUGACGAGGAUAUCGCUGAGCCGUUCUUCACUGAGAUGACUCCAAAAAUAAGCAUAAAACCAGUCAUAAACAAAGAUGGGGAGAUCUGUACUGUGAAGACUCAAGAGAUUCUGGAAGGAAAUGUAGUGAGGGAGAGUGCUGAGGGUCACGGAAAUGUGGAGUGA